CCAAAAGUGAGUUAAUCAGUUAAAUAGGUGGCAAAAGUGAAUUUCCCUUUCCUUAUUACAAAAAUAAAGUUAAAAUACAAGUAAACCAUCUCCAAACUGUAGGCACGCAGAAUGUGAAUUGUGAAAGGAUUAGGAAGCUGCACACAGCCACACAUGGCUGCAUUAUCUUCAUCUUUCUCUUCACCACCUGCAAUUCUCAAGAAACCUGAACCUUUCCACAAGGCCUGGAACUCAACUUCUCCGCCGUACGGCCCGUCACUCGUACUCCGAUCCUCACAAAUUUCAAGAUCUCUUUAUCUCUACUCACCGGAAGACGAGGUUCGGCCUAAAACCGCCAAAUUAUGGGAACUCCCCGCUAAAAAUGGAAUCUUUUCGCUUUCAGAAACGAGCCCAGCUGAAAUUCCCGGAGAAAUUGUUUCCACAAGAGACGACGGCGUUUCAAUAGUCAUAUCAGCCCUUCUUUUUGUUGCCUUUGCUGGUUUAUCCAUUCUCACCAUAGGGGGUGACGUUCAAUUCAUUUGCAUUCGUGGGCUAAUUGCCGAGUGUUCACAAAAAGCUGCGAGCUUGUUUGGGAAUGGUGUUAUCUACAUAGCUGUGGCAGACUUCUUGCAGAAAAGGGAGAACGAAAAAUUUGAGAAAGAAGAGGCAUCCAAGAAGAAGAGAGGUGGGAAAAAGGGGAAAGUGAGAGCUCGGGCUCGGGCCGGGCCAAGAGGGUUUGGUUGGAAAAUAGAGAAAGAUGAUUAUGUGGAUGAGGCAAACUGAUUGGAGUCUAUGUUUAUGGGAAAAUUUGUGUGCAUUGCACUGCAGUGAGUUUUGUUCUUUCUUUUGAGUUGUUCAUGUUCUUGGCUGGUGAAAAUAGUUCCAAUUGUGUGUAGGUAACAGUUCUGAAGUUGCUUUAAUGAGAAAUGCUUUCAAGUCUUAUUCCUCCCUUUGAUGCUUUGGGAGUUAAUGACAUCUAAAGUUUUGGACUAUUUCGCUUAAUUUGUAUGGAGAUUUCAUUUUCGAGGAUAGCCGGUUAUACAAUGAAGCUAUUUGUGAAGAUUAUGUACUGAGUUUUGGAAAUUCAAGAGCUAUAUAUAGUGAUAUACUCCUUGAUCAUAGUAUACCACAUUAAUCUCAUGAUAUGUUUUUUCGUUUAAGG